AUGGCUAAAAGAAACAGAAAGGUACUAUCUACGCCUUCAGACGACGACAAUUCAGGCUUUUCCCAGGGUUCAGACGGUGACCCAGACUUUGGGAACAUCUCCCAACCGGCAACACAAUCUUUGUUGCAAGAUUCUCGUGUGCGAAAACCCAGAGGUGCAGCGAUUGCUUCGACGGCUAAGAGACGGGCAGCUGCUAAUACGGAUGACGAUGAGAGUGCCGGUGAAACGGUCGUGAGAACUAAAAAGGCCCGGAGGAAUACAAUUAUUGGAAAACUUGAGGAUCUGGACUUUGAAGUCGAAGAAGAGGAAGAGGAAGUCGUUUUGUCAACUACGAAGGCUAAAAAGUCUGGGGAAAAGGCGAAAGUCGAUACUGUCAACGUCAAAACUACGAAGACAGUGAAGACGCCAGUGAAGGCUGUGAAGGAUACGCCCAAGCGACAGCGGAAAACGAAGGAAGAGAAAGAGGCGGAGAAAAUGCCAUUAGCAGAUCGUACGUUAAAAUUUGCAUUCAAAAUUGGUGCUCACGUUAGUAGCGCUGCUGGCGUGGAAAACUCGAUCACAAAUGCUACCAGGAUAGGCGCAAAUGCCUUCGCAUUGUUUUUGAAAUCUCAGAGGAAGUGGGAGAGUCCUCCGUACAAGCCGGCGAAUAUAACAGCCUUCAAGAAAUUUACAAAAGCUCAGAAUUAUGAUUCGAGAAAGUCUGUUCCUCCAAUCCAUUACGUUGGUUAUUCUAUCCAGUAG